UUCAUUUUACAAUGUGAUUUUAUAUGUAUCAACGUUGAGACGUUGAGGUCGUAUCAAUAAGUCGUGAAUAUGAAACGACGGGAAGUGAUUGUUUUUCUUGCAAUUGCAUUUGCAACUGUGUCAUCUGCAUCCAUCUACCAAGUAUACAAUACGCAAAAUGUGCACCAAUCAGGAUCGCGUGAAAUUAAGGAAAAGUGUCCGAAGGUGAAAGCAAUACGUAACUUUGAUUUAGCCGGGUUUUUGGGCUUUUGGUAUGUUGUUCAAUACUACGCAUCGUCCGAAGAAGCCCCAGUGUAUGGUUGCAUGAGAAGUAUGUUUCGUAUGGAACAAGAUAACCAUGUAUCAAUGAAUUUUACGUACGUUUUCGAGGAAGAUCCAUUCAAAGAACCCAUUCAGGGUAAUUUAACUUGGUUCAUACCAAACUUCAAUAUACCAGGCCAUUGGAUGCACACGGAAGACAUUUACGAAGGAAUUUACAACACAUACGUUAUUGACACUGAUUACAAGCAGUGGGGAUUGAUAAUGCAUUGUGCUGAGAAAACCAAAUCUGAGAGGUAUUUGUCAGCUUUAUUGCUGUCGCGUGAACCAGUACUUGGAAUGAAUGUAAUAAAUUUCUUGAGAGAAAAACUGCCGCGUUAUGACAUUGACACAUCAUUCAUGUUUCCUAUCGACCAGGAUAAUUGUGACACCAGAAACUCGUCAUCAGAUGACAGUAUGAAACUGUUUGAGUACAUUAGUGAGCAACAACACUAUGAGGAACAAACACCGCUUGAAUCAAUGAAAUCCUUGCAGUACAAAACCACUGCUCUCAUUGUUUUGGUUUAUUUCUUUCUUUAA